AUGGGGGAGCCAAGCAAGAAGGAGCCUGUUUCAUUGCCGACCCCCCGCGCUUCUGAGGCCAAGAACAUCGCUUCCGGCACAGCGGAGCCCCGUGUCGGGAAAACUGCUAGCGUUACUCAGAGUGCUUCGAACGAAGCAUGCGGACCAACAAAGAGCACUGCAAGCGUUGCUACAGGAGGGGGCACUGCAACAGCUACCACGGGCCAUCCGGUCACUGCAAAGCCUAGCAAAACCGAAACCGUUCUCCCCGGAACUUCACAGUCGCCUCAGAAUGCCGCAAGUUCGGCAUCGCCCAAGACCCAGUCGGCGGCCCAAAGACGCCUCAACGAGGAACUCGCAGAUUUAGUCCGCGACCCGCCGCCUGGCUGUUCGGCCUAUCCAGCGAGUCGCGACUACCCCUUCAAGUGGCGCGCCGUGAUCGCAGGGCCCAAGAACACCCCUUUCGAGGGAGGAACCUUCAGCAUAGACGUCACCUUUCCCCAGGACUAUCCCAACCACCCUCCCAAGAUAAAGUUCACUACCAAAAUCUACCACCCGAACGUGAGCGAAGACGGCGACAUCGGCCUGGACAUCAUACGCAGCAAAUGGUCGCCGGGGGUGACCGUCGAAUCCGUACUUCUAGCCAUCGUCGACCUAAUGAAAACCCCGGACAUGAACUGCGUGCUUCACAGGAAAGCGGCCCAGCACUACAAGGAGGAUUACCAGCUGUACGACACGAUCGCCCGCGAAUGGACCCAGACAUUUGCGGAGCCGGAUGAGGAGGAUCCCGGCGUGUGGCCACCGGUCAUCUAGUGGACGCCGCUCUUCUCGGAGGCACAUCCACUAAGCAAGGCCGCCAAGAAAGUCAUUUUGGAGAUCUCCGUAAAAAGAUAAGGAUGAAUAAAACG